AUGGAUGCAUCGAAUGGUUAUUUGCCCAAUCCAACGAUGAUGGUCAUUGCUGUAACUGUUCUUCUUCUUGGCUUAGCUUAUAUCUAUUUUGUAGCACCAUUAGCUUUCUUUAAACGACUUGGAAUCCCGGGUCCAAAGCCGACUUUGAUGUUUGGUAAUUUGUUACAAGUUGGUUCUGGAGAACAUCUCCUUCAUUUACAAUGGUCUCAACAGUAUGGUAAAAUAUUUGGUCUGUUGUUUGGUAGAUUGCCGGUUAUUUUUGUGGCAGAUCCUGAUAUGAUUAAGGCUAUCACUGUUAAAUAUUCUCAAAAUUUUAUCGAUCGAUGGUCUAUUUGUAAGCCUUCACCUCCGUUAGGAUUAGGAUUGUUCUCCUUGAAUGGGCAAGCAUGGAGAAGACUUCAUAAUAUGCUGUUAUCGGUUUUUAACGAUGCUGAAUUAAAAUUAACCAUGCCGUACAUAACCAAAUCGUCAUCUACCCUUGUUAGGAAAUUACAUCAGUCGAUUAAUCAUGGAAAAGUAAUUGAUUUAUGGCAAUAUCUUAGCCCCUUCUCUAUGGAAGUGAUCUUGGCUACAUCCUUUGGAAUUAAAGUCUCAUCACAAGAGAAUCCAGACCAAAUGACUCAUCAAGCUCGUCAAUUAUACCGUAAUUAUAAUUUCCGUAAUUUAAUGCUUGCUAUAUUGCCACCCACAUUAUGUAACUGGUUAGAUCAACUUUUCAGCUGGAAUAGAAUUUCCUACUUAGAGCAAGUAUUACGUAAAGCAGUCAAGGAAAGACGUCAGAUGCUCAAGGAGGAACAUAGUAAGACUUAUCCUGAUUUAUUACAAGCCAUGUUGAAGAUUCAAGAUGGUGAUAGCUUGACUGAUGAUGAAGUAAUUGGUCAAUCAAUACAAUUUUUAUUGACGGGUUGUGAGACAACAGCGAGUGCUCUAGCCUUUACUCUUUACCUAUUGGCUAUGAACCCUGAUAUUCAGAGGGAAUUAAGAAGCGAAAUUAUGCAGCGCUAUUCUAUCAAUGACAUCAUGACUUUGGAUGGUGUCGCCAAGUUGAAAUAUUUAGAUAGGGUCAUUUCCGAAUCUCUAAGAAUGUAUCCACCGACUUAUUUUUACGUGCAUCAGGCUAAUGCUGAAACAAUGAUCAAUGGCUAUGUCUUUCCUAAGGGUGUUGGUGUAGCGAUACCAGUUUAUACAGUGCAUCAUGACCCUGAAUUUUGGCCUGAACCAGACAACUUUAAGCCGGAAAGAUUUGAAACCAACUUGAAUAGUAAGCAGCAUUCGCAUAGCUAUCUACCUUUUGGUUCAGGACCAAGAAGUUGUCUAGGAGCCAAAUUCGCUUUACUACAGAUCAAGAUGGCUUUAAUAAAGCUGUUGUUAACAUUUCGAUUCUAUAAAAUUGAUCAAACUGAAAUUCCUUUGCAAGUUAAGUGUGGUCUGGUACUUUCUCCAAAGAAUGGCAUCUAUCUUGGAAUUCACAAAUUGUAG